AUGAAGAAUAGUAAUGUUGUAGGCUCGGAUGAUUCUCUUCAUCAAUUGGCCAUUGAUAAUAACAACGACAACAAAGAUAAUAAUAAUAACAACAAUAAUUUAUUUAGAGUAGAUUCCGAGAGUGCAAUGAUGAAUGAAUCGACAUUAUCAACAAUAGAUGAAGAUGAAAGGUUUCAUAAUGAUGAAGAACAAAAUAAUAAUAUGAAUAUGAAUAUGGGUAGUAGUAGUGGUAGUCUGGAUGAUUUGGAGAGUGUGAGUGUUAUCAUUCCUCACUCACUAUCUUCCUUCACUAAUAAUUCAAAUCAUCGCCAACAUGUGGACAAUGAUAAUAGUAGUAGUAAUAUGGAGGAGGUUCUCAUUGAAGACUAUAAUGUUUCCUACUCUCCACCCACUUUAAAUCCUCCAACACCAAUUAGUCCGAGUAAUAGUAGUUAUUCAUUGAAUAAGUUUAGUCAUCAUCAUCACAUCAAGAAGCAACAAUCAACAAGUUUGCAAGCAAUUUUGAAUGAGUAUACAUCAUCGGGAAGUUCCACACUUACUAGUAGGCAAAAACCACAUCAUCAACAAGCUACAGUGCCACCAGGAGCAGCUGCUUCUCAUCAACAACAGUUACAUGUGGAUGAGCCAAUUGUUGCACAUUCUGAUGACGACGAACAAAAUCCUUCCUCACCACUCUCAUUUUCCACUCAACCAAAUACACACUUCCAUAGAACUUCCCUCUCACUCCAUUUUGAAGAUCCUGACGAUGAUUCGGAUUUUUCACAUGCUCCAGAGGAAGAAUAUUUGGAUAAUCAAAGCAAGUAUGUUCAUGAAAUUGCCUCGAUAAAAGGACUGAGGCAUCAAUUCUACUUGGAAGUAUUGUUUUGGUUGUGUGUAGUUGCGAGUGCUGGUUCAUUGUUGGUUUGCUGUCGGUGGCUAAAAUGGCUCAAAUCAUACAUGACCUAUUCGUAUAGUAGUAACAAUGGUCACUCCUUUGCUGAUGCUUCAAAGGUAUUAAUCAAGGCGAAGGAGACAAACCAGUGGACGAUUGUAAAAAUUAAGAAAGGAUUUGUGAGGAAUUUUGAUUCGGAUUUGAGAGUUUCGUUUGAACCUAUCAUGGUGCGAUAUUUUGUAUAUAGAUUUCUAGUAUUUAUAUAUGAUCCUGUGACGGAUAGUUUUCACAGGGUUAGAUUUAACACAUGUAUUCCAUUUUCUAAAAUUCACAAAAUGGCUGAAAAGGAAGCAGAAAAUGAAAGAGAAUUGAGAGAGUUACUAUUUGGUAAAAAUUCUACGGAAAUUCCAAUGAAAUCAGGAGUACAAAUUCUAUUAGAUGAAAUUUUACAUCCAUUCUACCUUUUCCAAGUAUUCAUCCUUGUGCUUUGGUUUUUGGAACAAUAUUACACUUAUUGCAUUUCAAUAGCAAUAGUUACUCUGAUAGUUAUAUCAUUCAGUUUUUGGAGAACAUAUGAUAAUUUGAAAAAAUUGAAGGACUUGACUUCGAAUCAUUGCUUUGUAAAUAGACUUGCACUGAGAGCACCAUCUAAAUAUAAUAGAACAAUCUAUUCAGAAGAGAAUGCUAGUAAGAGAAAUGAAGAGGAGGAAGAAAUGGACUCUCUCGAUUUAUUCCCUGGAGAUAUUAUUGAAAUUACUGAUGGUAUGACAUUGCCUUGUGAUGUUAUUUUGUUGGGUGGUCAAGUUAUUGUUAAUGAAUCAAAAUUAACAGGUGACAGUAUUCCAGUCAAGAAGAGGCCACUGCCCUAUGAUGACGCCAAGUUAUAUUACCCUUCUAGAGAGAAUAAUCACACAAUAUUUUCUGGAACGCAAGUUUUGACAGCCAAACCUUCUCCUAACAGUCUAUUCGCAAACAAAUGCUUUGGUAUUGUGAGUCAAACAGGAUUCAAUACUCUGAAAGGAAAAUUACUCUUAUCAAUUCUAUUCCCAAAGACUGCAGAGUUUAAUGUUUAUAGAGAUUCUCUCAAAUUCUUAAUUGUAUUAGUAGUGACUGGAUUUAUUGGAAUUAUUGGAACAGCUGCAAAUCUAUUCAAAUUGGGAGCACCAGCUGGAAAUGUCUUUUUACACAUUCUAGAUAUUAUCACUAUUAGUGUGCCUCCUACCCUGCCAUUGGCCAUGACAACAACAAUAACAUUUACUAUGAGAAGAUUGGGAAAGAGGAAGAUUUUGUGUACUUCACCAUUACGAGUUAACCUUCCUGGAUAUGUCAAAAUUGCAGUUUUUGACAAGACCAACACAAUAACCGAGAAUGAAAUAGAUGUUCAUGGAAUUUUCCCAUCCGUUGAAGGUCUCUUUCAUCCAUAUGUCAAGGGAACUAACAUUUCGAAAUUAUUUGCUUCUAAUAGCACAUUGGUUCAAUGUUUGGCAUGUUGUAACAAUCUUAGUAGAGUUGGUACAACUUUUAUUGGUGAUCCUUUGGAUUCUAAAUUAUUCCAGACUAGCAAGUGGUCCAUGCAAGAUAUUUCCGAGUCAGCUUAUGGUCAUACAAUAUUCUUUGAGUCAACAGAUCAGAAGGUUGAGAAAUCCUAUUCUAAAUUGAAUGUUUUUGAUUUCAAGAGCUCAGUUCAGAGAAUGUCUGUAGUAAUUAAGAAUAAUGCAACUGGAAAUUUACACGCAUUUGCUAAAGGUAGUGCUGAAUCUGUCAAGUCCAUUUCUAAACCAUCCUCAAUUCCUCCAAAUUACUCUGACAUGUUGAAAUGUUAUGCUCAGAAGGGCUAUCGAGUUAUGGCACUGGCCAGUAAAACAUUACCAAGCAAUCUCACUUUAUCCGAGUUGGAAACCCUUCCAAGAGAAUAUGUAGAAUCAGAAAUGGAAUUUAUUGGUCUACUCUUGGUAGAAAACAAGGUAAAGAAAGGAACUUCAAAAUCCAUCAAAACAUUAUUGGACUGUAAUAUCAAGUGCAUCAUUUGUAGUGGUGACAAUGCAUACACUUCCAUAAAUGUUGCCAGAAAGUCAAAAGUUAUUGAAAAAAAGAAGGAUUGUUACUUGAGUGAAUUGAAGAGAGAAAUAGUCUCCAAUGUGGAUUAUAUUCAGAAUAUCAUGUGGAGACAAACAGAGAGUGGACAAGUAAUUACUACAGAAGAGCUGCUCAAGUUGCGUAAUAUUGACAUUGUAGUUGUUGGGGAGGUGUUUGAAUAUGUACACAAUGAACAUCGAUUAUUCGUAAAGAAAACCAGAAGAGAGCCAUACAUUAACACUAAGAGACCUUCUCUACUUCAUAUCAUUCUUACAUCAUGCAAUAUUUAUGCCAGAUUUUCGCCUAAUCAUAAGAAAACCCUAGUGACAGAACUUCAAAAAAUGGGAUAUGACGUAGGUAUGAUUGGAGAUGGUGCCAACGAUUUGGGUGCUCUCAGAUCGGCCCAUGUUGGUAUUUCCCUUUCAGAAGAAAUAUCAGUCGCAGCACCAUUCACUAGUUUGAAACCAACUGUCGGUUCAAUGGUUACAGUUAUUCGUGAAGGUAGAGCAAGCUUACUUACCUUUUUCCAAAUUUUCAAAUUCAUUGCCCUCUAUUCUAUUGUUCAAAUCAUGACAAUUGUUGUCUUACUCUCUAGAAAUUGUAAUUUUGUGGAUUUUCAAUUUUUAUUUAUUGAUUUAAUUGUAGUCAUGCCAACAACCUUGUUAAUGACGAGAACUGAUGCAAGUUUAGCUCUGAAAAGAGAAAAACCACCAACAACCCUCAUUUCCAGAUUUAUUUUCCUUUCCCUUGGUGGUCACGUUCUCCUUGCUUCUGCUUUCAUUUUCCAUGUUUGGACUGAAAUUAUGCGUGAGCCAUGGUUCUCUCCAACCAUUAACACAAACUUUAUGUACUAUAAGAAUGAUUUAUUGCGUUCCUAUGAGACGACAAUAAUGUUCUUUGUGUGUACAUUCUGUAUUAUCAAUAUUUCUAUUUGUAUGAGUAUUUCAAAACCAUUCAAGUUGCCAAUCAUUACAAACAAUUUUACCUUUACACUUUUCAUUAUCAUUAUUUAUUUGGCAACAGCUUAUUUACUUUUCAUACCUACUGAUUUAUUGAAACAGGCAAUAAGCUUGAUUAAUUUUCCACUCUAUUACAAGUUGAGGAUAGUAAUUUAUUCAUUGUCACAUUUGGCUAUUGGUUAUUGCUUUGAAAUGUUGUUAAUUGUUUCUCCAACAAGAAGACUCAUUAAGAGAUUUACAGUGUUGAAUAUCGCAUUGUUGACUAGAAGAAUUUUGAGAGCUUUUAGCAUUCCUGUUUCUUCUUGGAUUGUUGGUUUAAUUGAAAAUGAGCAAACAAAGCUCAAAGUUUACAAACAACUGGCCAUGUUUAAGCAGACUCAAUAAACUUCAAGUGUCAUUUUGAGAAAUUCAUUUUCAAAAACAUUUGGUUUGUUGCAAAGAUCAAAUUUUACAAGGAAAGUUUAGUUGUUUAUUUAAAUCAUGUGUUCUUUCUGUAAAAUUUUAGUCCAUUUGCAAUUGCUAUAUUUGAAAUUAAAGUAAAUUUGAUGC